CGUGUUUGUAGCGCGUCCCUCCGUAGCUGCUCAUCAGUGUUACCUGCCAUGUGUCGUUUGACAGCAGGGGUGGGGAGGGGGUUCCUUGAGAAAAGAAGUGGUGGUGUGCAUUGUGCUGACGGUGUGUGACAUGCAGGGAGUCCAUUGGGACCAUUUGCACAGCGCUGGGAGCCCAGUGCUCCGUGCUGACAGUCUGUACGGGUGGCUGUGAGGGGUGUCAGGUCGGGGUCUGAACCAGGAGUUUAUUUUGCUGUGCUGUGUGAAAUCUCUGGAUUUAAUUGCCAGCUCCUGGUCUAUUGCAUUCCAAAUCAAACGACUUCUUUUUUUUUCAGAAGGAAUGCAAAUAAACCAUUUUAUGUCUCUGGAGACAAAGCAGAAAAAGCCCCACAAGCUUCGUGAGAUCACCGCAAAAUGCAUCGUUACAGGAAGCGGCAAGUUUCCUGCAACAGCUGUAUUAACUUCCAUUUGUUGUAGAUUUGUGCCCAGGACGACCGCUGUGUGUUUGGGAUGUGCACCCAUCUCAGCCCCCUCCGAAACUAUCACUGUUAAACGCAGAUGUACAAACAGAUAUCCAGCAUGAAACAGCAGAGCAUCCAGCAUGAACCCAAUCCGGAGUCAAUAGAAUGCAGCAGUGACUGAAGCACUCCAGCUAUUUUUUCCCUUUACUUCUCAUUUCUGACGUUCUCCUUUCUGCUUUGCAGACCUCCAGGCUGCCAGUGCUGAAGGGAGCACUGAGCCGUGCAGCCAUUUUGAGCUACGUGCCCAUCAGCCCUUGUUUCCCUCCGGGGAGCUCUCUGAAUGCAAUACACAGGUCCAGCACUACAUGUGCAAAUGCCUUUCAUCUCUUUUCUAUUUCCUUUUCUGUAUUUGCUGGAAGAAAACGUAACCCAAACUCAGGAGGAAGGGAAGAUACUGCAGUCUGCCAAUAUGCUCCAGUGUUGCCAGGGCCAGAGGAGCGCAGCCUCAUAGCACGUCUCCAACAGUCAACUUGGAACAAAGUCAGGAUGUCUCAUGCCUGCCUCGAGUGUUACUUUCUUUGCUAAGAUUGCUGUACCGUGUUCUAUUUGGUAUCAGAGCUCUCCCUGUUUCUGUUUAGAUAUGUGGAGAAGGACAUAGAUGACACAGAAGUGUUUUCCUCUUCUGGCUUGGAAUCAAACCUCUCAAGAGCAGACCAGGACAUUGCUCUGAGAAAAUGGAUUCAUCUUCCCAAAAAUAUCCAGUCAAAAAGCGAGUGAAAAUCCAUCCCAACACGGUGACAGUGAAAUAUGCGUCUCAUUAUCCCCAGCCAGGAGAAGAGGGAUAUGAAGAUGGUAACGAAGACACGGGAGUAUUUAUGGAGGACAGUCCAAAGACAAGACUACUGAAUGCUGGGAAAAAAAGAGAAAGGACCUUUUUUGGUACGAUAGACACGCAGCUUCAGCCAGCACAGCUGCCCAAACCCAGUGAGAUGGGGCAUUCCCAGAACCUUCCUGAAGGAAAUAUACUGCAGUCAAGGAAAAUGUGGAUAGUCCUUUUUGGAUCAGCCGUGGCUCAUGGAUGCGUGGCUCUGAUUACACGAUUAAUUUCUGAUCGUUCCAAAGUGCCAUCACUUGAGUUAAUUUUCAUCCGUUCAGUCUUACAGGUGCUGUCCAUUACUGCUGUGUGUUACUACCAUGAGCCACCCUUUGGCCCCAAAGGUUACAGGCUCCGGCUCUUCUUCUAUGGGGUCUGCAACGUUAUCUCCAUUACCUGUGCUUAUACCUCUUUCUCUAUAGUUCCCCCUAGUAAUGGGACCAUUAUGUGGAGGGCAACCACUACAGUGUUCAGCGCCAUUUUGGCUUUUUUGCUGGUAGAUGAAGGAAUGGCUUACGUAGACAUAGUUACGGUAGUUGGCAGCGUGUUUGGUGUUUGUCUGGUCAUGAUCCCCAACAUCGUUAAGGAAGAAAACUCUCUGCUGAGCACCUGGAAGGAAGCUUUUGGCUACACCAUGACUGUGAUGGCAGGUUUGACCACUGCUCUCUCCAUGAUAGUCUACAGGUCAAUCAAAGAUAACAUCAGCAUGUGGACAGCACUAUUUACCUUUAGUUGGACAGGAACGGUGUGGGGAGCAUCCACCAUGUUCUUACUUCAAGAGCCAAUCGUCCCGCUGGAUGGAGAAACCUGGAGCUAUCUCCUGGCCAUCUGCCUGUGCUCCACUGCAGCCUUCCUGGGGGUCUACUACGCCUUGAGCAAGUUCCACCCUGCGCUGGUCAGCACCGUACAGCACCUAGAGAUAGUCAUUGCCAUGGUCCUGCAGCUCAUCGUGCUGCGCAUCUUGCCAGGUACUUACGAUCUUGUUGGGGGAGCAGUUAUUUUGGUUAGUGUUUUUUUCCUUGCGUGUUAUAAACUGUCCUGGAAGAAUUUAGGAAGGCAAGAUUAUCAGGAGAUUGUAGAUUCUUCCAUUAAAUGAACUGCAGUUCUGCUGUCUAGUUCUGGACAUGUGCUACUGUUGUAUCUGUUAUGUGUGCGACCACAUGAAAGUAAUGUAUUCCAAGUCUGUUGUGUUUUAGUGUACUGGUCAGGUCCUCUUUCUACUGUGUAACUUCACAGCUGAUGUAGCAAUGUUGGUACUUCCAGACUUCCAGGACAGGUGGAUUUGUUCUAGCGCAUACAAUCACUGUUUGUCGUGUGAGGAAAGGAUAUUUGUCUCCAGCACAGAGGGUGGUGGAGCACAGGACAAGUUGUAGGCCUUUACUGCCUCACUGCUAAUGUAAUACAGAGACAGGGGGAUCCACUGGCAACUGUCAUUAACGUGCACUGUGGUGAUAGGAAAACGAGCAGUAAAAACAUUAAAAUGGUCAACCAGGGUGUUCAUAUCCUCUGUAACACUGUUUAUGCUGUGACUGUAGUAUUCCAAAUGAAGCAAUGCUAAUAUCUCUGUAAUGAUCACUUGCGUUUCCAUGUAUACAUAUACAAAAGAAUGUAUCAGUAAAGCUUUCUGUGCUCUGUGGUUAAGCUUC